GCAGCUCAGGAUGAAGGUCUGUCUCACUCUGAUCUGCCUCUUCCUCCUCAUCGCUCUGCAGGAUGGAGAAACUGUAAGAAACUUCUACAGAGAGGAAGGAGGAAACUUCACAGUUACAUGUAAAUUUGGUUAUUAUGGAAAGAAAAGGUUUCUUUGUAAGGAAACUUGUGAAGGAAAAAAUAUUCUCAUUGAAACAACCGAAGACAGAGAUGAGAACGGCAGAUUCAGCAUCAAAUAUGAGAGAAGAAAUAUUUUUAAAUCUGAUUUUCUGCAUGUGUGGAUCACUGAUCUGAAACCGUCAGACUCAGGACGGUACCAGUGUCGCUCCGAUGAAACCCUUCGUGGAACUCUAUACGAUCAUUUUGAUCUUUCUGUGAUUGAAGAUUCUUCAAAACCAAAAUGGACUCCGAGACCUUCUAUAGGAUCAACUUUUAUCCCAGCAGCCGCCACUAAAACAACAAUUAAAACAACAACAGAAGCAACAACAACAAGAACAACAGCAACAACAACAACAACAACAACAUCAACUCAGAGUUUCUCUCUUCCUCCAUCUGAAACCAACAAACUCUCUGAUAAACCAGCUGCAGCUUCAGGUUCUUUUUCUCAGAAUAAACUGAGACAAACUCUAAUCGUCCCUGCAGAUCUGAUGCCUUAUGUGGGUCUGGUUCUGGUUCUGGUCGUCCUGAUCGUCUCCUUGGCAGCAGCUCUACUGAUUUUCAUCAAGAGGAAAAACUUCAAGCAACAGAAAGGUUCUUCAGAAGAAACAGAAAACAGCAAAAACUUCCAGGCUAAAGAUGAUGCAGUAGAGUACUCUGAGGUCCAGUUCCUGAAUGGUGCCUCGCCUUCAGCCCACAGCGCCCCCUGUGGUCAUGCAGAAAACGCCACUUACUCAGAGAUUCAGAUGAACUUUACAAACUGCAGCAAUGAUUCUGCUCUUUACUCCAACAUCAGUUUACAGCAGUAGCUCUGCUCUGGUUCUGCUAAAACGUUACUGUUUUUAUUCCUCUAAAAAUAAUUAUUCUGAUUUAUAUAUGAGAGACAUAACUACAGAAAUAGUUCAGAAACUGAAAUUUGCUUCCAGUAAUUUUCUGCUUCGAGAACAUAAAUCUCUAAAAGUAACAAAACAGAUGGAAAUUAAAUAAAUGUAUGUAUUUCUUAACUUUUAUUUAAUAUCAGAGUAGAAAUAUAUGGCGUGAUACAUCACAUUAAUGAAAGGGAAAUAAAAUCCUGGGUCAAAGGGUAUUGUGUUGCAAAGAAUGAAUAUUAUUAAAUUAAAGAAAUUUCUCAUUAUUUCUGGUUACAUUUAAUCAUUUAAAUUAAUCUUGGAUGUGUACAGACAUUACUUUUUGUUACAUCAGAUGAACCGAAUGUCUUAAUGUUAAUGUCGUUGAUCAGUAAAAUUAAAAACUGAUGUAAACUGUUUUCCUUCAACUUUCUUGUUAAUCUAUUUUGAUAUGAACUGAAAAGGCUGAUAUAUUUAUGUAAAAUUGAUGAGAAAAUAAAUUUUAUCCUUUUAA